AUGUCUUCACCAAUCUCCGCUUCCCCGUAUCAAGCCUCGCGCCUCACCCGUCAGCCAUUCAAGCUUCUCUAUACUACUUUUACUCUUAUCACUUUACCACUCCGCAUCUCCGCUAUCCUACUUUACUACAUUCCAAAAUUUACACGCCAGCAUCCAAAAUGGACAUACCAUCAAGCUGUUGGAACUUCCAUCUUUUCCAUCUGGUGGCAUUACACUACUGCUGUCGAAUUCCGCACUGCCAAAACUCUCAAACCUGGUGGUGAAAAAGACCGCUUUGUGAUAAUUGACCCACCAUCUACCACCGCUACUACUACUUCCCCAGCACUGUACCGCGGUAUUAUCGACAGUAAUCCAGCUAUUCGACCUAUCCCCAUUGGGGCGGUGUGGUUCACUUCUCCUCCGCCAUCAGGCGAAACUCCAAAGAUGGUUGUCAUUCAUUUCCAUGGCGGAGCAUAUGUUCUCGGUGGAGCACGACAAAUGGAAAGUGGCUGGGGUCCCGAAGUUCUGAGUAAACGUAUUGGAUAUGUCCUGCAGGUGCAAUACCGACUUGCCAUUGAACAGAAAUCAUGUUUCCCUGCUGCGAUUCAAGAUGGUAUUACAGCGUACAAUUAUGUAUUGAAUACACUUGGAGUAAAGCCCGAGAAUAUUGUACUAUCGGGGGAAUCUGCAGGGGGAAAUCUAGUUUUGGCAAUGCUGCGCUAUUUUUCUACAGAUGGCAAAAAUGCUCUUCCUUUUCCAAGAGCAGGGCUAUGCUGGAGUCCUUGGCUGGAUAUGACAACUGAUACAAAAGAGCUUGAUAAACAUCCAAGUAUCAAAACGGAUUAUGUUUUUGGCUCACUUAUAGCAUGGGGUAAAAGAUGUUACAUUCCUAAGGAUUUAUCUCCUGGACAUCCAUACCUCAGUCCGCUAGGGAACGAAUUCGAAUGUCCAGUUCCAAUUUUUGUACAGACAGGCACAGCAGAGGUCCUAUAUAAGGACCAUGUGCGAUUUGUUCAGAGAAUGAAGGAAAAGGGAUGCAAAAUUGAGUUAUUAGAGAUUGAGAAUGCUCCACAUGAUACUUUUGGGGCAGGAAUCAUCUUGGGGUUUGCGAAAGAGGCAGAAAAUGCUGCUGAUCAAGCAGUAAAGUUUGUUCAAGAAGCCGGUAGUGAGCUGGUGGAUAUAUCUCCUGCAGCCGACAAUGCUAAGAGAAUGCGAAAGGUGUUAUGA